AUGGUACAUCUCCCGCCCGAUCACUCGGACCAGGAACAGGAGGAGACAGGAGAUAUUCCAAUUGAUCCUCAGCUGCUCACCACUCUCCAGCCUCCAGAUAAUCCUCAGAUAGGUGCUAUUCCUGUAAAUAGCCCUUUGAAUCAUGAUUCUCCGUCCGAAGAGCCCCUAGAAACCGAGUUUAGUAUCGGAGGUGCUUUGCCCAACGCGGCCGAGUGGCCCCAUGAGGAGAAUUGGACAAGUUCGCGUCCUAUCCCCCCGCAGCCUGGGCUGCGAUGCCCUUAUUGCAACUACCAACCACCCAAGCGGCAGAAAAAGGUUCAACAGGCACCCUCGGAACUUCGUCGACACAUACGCCAAUAUCAUCUGAUGAAAGAUAUCAUCAAGUAUCCGGGUAUCUCCGUUAAGAUGUCGCGUCCUCGCGAAUAUAGCCUCACCUAUGGUGAGCGUCCCAGUCUCAACAACAACAACAUUUGA